AUGAUAGAACAACCACUCACCGUUUUCUCAUCAGAGAAUAAUAGCGACGACACUUCUGCGGAAUCAGCAGCUCAGGCUUCACCUCCCAUCCACUCAUCCCUACGAACCUCAAUGAAAAGGCUCAAUCUGGAAACCGUGAAUCAUACUUCUUCAUCAAUGAUGCAGCAAGACCGAGCAUCAUCACCCAUUUCCUGUACAUCCACCCCUACCACAAUAUCAAAUUGCAAUAGUAGUAGCAUGUAUAUAGUUCCAAAUGAUUCCUCCGAAUACAACCACAAUUCAACCACAGUAUCAUCAUCUCUUCCUGAAACACCUCAAAAAAACUCUUCUUCCUCAAACACUACUACUAAUAACAUCAAUCUUAAUACUCCUUCUUUAACGAUAUUGGAUAGAUUAGGGACAUACUUUAAUAAUGAAGAUGACAAAUUUGAAUACAGGAGAAGAAGCAUCGGAGAUCGACUGAAAUUCAUCUAUAUGUUCUAUUUGACCAUGGUUGGAUUCUUAGGUUAUUUGUACAUUGACCAACCCACACAAGGACGAUUAGUAUUUUACACACUUGUUAGCUUGGAAACUCUUGUUAAUGUAUUUGUAAUUAAGUUAAUUCAAGGCAAUGCUACCAUGGCAAAAAAAGAGGCGUUGAAUUUAUUCAUGACCUUAUUUUCUUGCGCAAAUCGAGUGGUGUUACAGGUUUAUUACGGUCCUAGCUUUCCCACAUGGAUCAUUAACACGUAUUUGAUUGUUAUCACGUCAAACUCACUGUACUUCAAAAAGUGGACAACAUUGCUCAAUUGUAUUCUCAUACUCACUACCACACAAGUCUCAUUAUACUUUUCUUAUAUAUUGAUGGAAUUUAGAGCUGAUGAAGGAGAAUUAUUUUCAAAAUCAUUGGAACGCCAAUCUCCAAUCCUUCUUGGAUUUCAAUGCUUGAAUAAGAGAAAGUUUAUCAAAAUGGCAGAAAUUUGUGUCAUGCAGAUUGUGGUCACCAUGUCUGGCUUUCUAUUUUCGGACGUUUCAGAAAAACAAUAUGAGAAAAUUUUUGAACAACAAAUGGAAAUCAUGAAAGAAAAGGUACUUAAUCAAUCUAAGACAAAAUUCAUAGGAAACUUGUCGCACGAGGUGAGAAAUCCCUUACAUGGUGUUGUGGGUUCAAUACAAAUUUUAAGACAUGAAGCAGAGAGGCUGAAUCGAUAUGCAACUAGCGUAGGCAAGAAAAACGUCUCAAGAGCAAGAAGGAGAAAAAACUCUUUACCUACUUGUCAACUAGAUCCAAAGGAAACGUUUAAUAACGAAGAUGGAGGAGCAGAGGCCGAAGAAAAUAUGAUCAUAGCCUCUAACCAAUCCUCAAUGGAGCUCAUAGAUGAUAUUUACAACAAUUCGAUAUUACUAUUGAAUAUUUUCUCAAGAUCUCUUCAACUCUCUAAUUUAGAAUUAGGAAAGCUUAAAUUAAGCAUUCAAAGCUUCAACUUUCUUGAACUGUUGGAAUCCAUGACCUCUGUGUUUUACACUCUUGCCAAUGACAAACAAAUUUCACUUCAAUCAUUUUUCAAUUUUAUGAAAGUUCCAACUACUUUUAAGGGAGACAAUGUUAAAAUUCUCAAGUACUAA